GAAAGAUCGCUAUCAUACGAGGCAUCCGAGAUGGUUACAAAAUCAAAAUCAGGGUGAUUUGAAGGGUUGGGGGAGUUAAAUUUGGUGUGUGCAAUGGUAAUGGAGAAGCCCCGGGAGUAAAGAAUGGAGCCCAGUUGAAGCAUGGGGUUCAGGUGUCCCUGGAAUGAACCUGGCACUAGCACCAACCGAGCUAAAGUUUAUGUGAUAAGGAGGAAUACAGCCAGGUCAGCAAGGGCAGCCAGGGCAGAGUCUACAAAGGGUACUAAUCGAGGUUUAACUGUUGCAAAGCCUCAAGAAAUGGAGCAAGUAGCCGAAAGACAUUCCUCUAUAGUUAGGACAACAGUUUCCCAACUAAUACCAGAGUCUGCAGAGAAAUCAAGAAAUGAGGUGGCACCAAGAGAAGAGAGAAAAUACUGUGCAAGAAGAGUGGGUGUAUCAACCUUCGGGAAGGAAGAGAAAGGGAGAAAAAUUAGAGAAUUGGUGAAAAGGGAGAGAGCCAGCCUCUAGAAUUGUUGGGCAUAAGUUAUUAGCUGUAGUUUCUGUAUUUUGGAUUAAUUUGCUGUAAUUGGGAUAUUUUGUUGUUUUGCAUUUUGUGGACUAAGUGAAUGUAAAUGUAAACUUAGACAUGAAUCUAAUUGUAAUCCAAUCUAUGCAAUUAUAUAAUCCAAUAUGAAGUUUUAG